AAAUUGAGAAACCUGUGAGGUAUGCAUUACUCUUGGUGCAAACUGAUAUUUCAGGAAUAGAAGAAUUGUAUAGUCAUGAAUCGGCUUUUGAAGAGUGCAAGAAUUGGAUUUGUAUGAAGUUACCAAACGUUACAAAAAUAAUCAUUGGAUCAACCAGCGAAGCGGCAAAAAUAGCUUCGUUUCCUCAUUCUGCGUUACUUUCAAAUAUAUUAUGUUCAAAGUUAUAUAAUCGUAAUGUCUUAGAAACAGAUAUUUAUGAUUUAUCAAAUAAUAAAACCACAUUUAUAUUU